CAGACGUACAACUAUCCAGAUAGUUUCAUUGUAUACCUUCUUCUAUACAUGUCCACAGAAGGAGAGUAAGGAAGGAAGACGAAAUGGAGGAGGAGACCCAUGGCAUCGUCAUCAUCGGCGGUGGCAUCUGCGGCCUUGCCACUGCUCUUGCUCUUCACCGGAAAGGGAUUGCUAGUCUUGUGUUGGAGAAGUCUGAGACUUUACGAGCUGAUGGCGCGACCAUUGGUAUUCAUGCCAACGGAUGGCGAGUUCUGGACCAGCUUGGAGUUGCUGCAGAGCUAAGGGAGACUGCCAACCUUAUUACUGCGUAUCACGACGCGUGGCUGCAAGGAAACAAGAGCAACCUGAUACCCAUCAGGAAUGAGUUCCGACGCGUGAAUAGGAAGGAUCUCAUUGAGACACUGGCAAAGAACCUGCCCGUAGGGUCAAUCCGCUUUGGCUGCCACAUCGCAGCGAUCCAUGAAGAUCCUGGCAUCCAUGGCGCCGUUCUUACUACAAUGGAUGGUAGUACCAUUAGGGCCAAGGUCCUGAUUGGAUGUGAUGGCACGAACUCAGUGGCAGCGAAGUAUCUAGGACUGUCCGUGCCGAAGCCAAUCCCUCGCACUGUCCUGCGUGGAUUCACAAGAUAUCCGCAUGGACAUCCAUUUGGGACAGAAUUUCUGCGCCUAAGAGGCGAAAAUUUCUUUCUUGGGCGCUUGCCAGUCACCGACGAUCUAGUCCAUUUCUUUGUAACCUGCCCCAACCCUUCCACAGGAAUCACCAAAGACGUGGGCGCCAUGAAGGAUUUCGUGCUAGAGAAGCUGCAAGAAUGCCCUGCCGAGAUCACCGAGAUGGUCCGCGCCUCCGACCCGGAGUCCCUGAACGUCGUGGCCAAGCUCUGGUACCGCCCCCCGUGGCAGGUCAUGUUCGGCACCUUCCAGAAGGGCGCCGUGACGGUCGCCGGCGACGCCAUGCACGCCAUGGGCCCGUUCAUCGGCCAGGGCGGGUCGGCGGGGCUGGAGGACGCCGUGGUGCUCGCCCGGUCGCUGGCGCGAGCCACCGUCGGCCGUGAGCCGUGCGACAAGAAGACGAUCGGCGUGGCGAUAGGGAAGUACGUCCGGGAGAGGAGACCGCGGGUGGCCAUGCUGUCUCUCGAGUCCUACGUCGUGGGGACGCUGCUGCGCGCCAAAUGGCAUGUCACGAAGCUCGCCUGCGUGGCCGUCCUGGCUCUCGUAGGCAGCAGGUCGCUUAGGCAUACCGACUAUGACUGCGGUCGCCUCUAGCAAUCUAGCAUUUCCUUCUCUGGAUGAUAUAUAGCAUCUCUCAGUUGUCAUGUCAUGUGGAUUUUGGAAUUAGUGUACUACCAAGGAAAUUGCGCGACAAUUCGCUGUACUUCUUCAAAAGAAAAAAAAUGGGAUUCAUGGCAUAAA